GUUGUUUGUUGUGUUGAUAGUAGGCUUGUAGUCAUUUUGUCCCGUAUAAUAGAUUUUCUUGUUUAAAAACGUGAUAUUGGAACCUAUUAUUAUACUAUAAUGAAUACUUGUAGAACGUGUCUUAAAACUCCCGCUAACAAGGAUAUUUCAGGCCUCAAAAAGAGUGUAAAAGAUGACAGUAUAACGGACAUCAUGGUAUUUUGUUUGGAUAUAAAGGUUUCAGAAUACUCCAAAAUAACUACGAAACUAUGCAAUUGUUGCUAUAGAAAAAUCAUAUCGUUUUAUAAGUUUAAGUCUCUGUCAUUGAAAAAUGAUGCAUAUCUUAAAUCUAUGGACCCACUUGAGCAGCCUGCAGACCAAAAACUAACUGUGUACGUGGACGAAAACGGAAUUAAACACGAAAAUUUCGUGGAACCUGAAGAUUUUGGCCCAUGUGUAAUAGAAUAUGGCGAUAGAGAAAUUAAAAUAGAAAUAGAUGUUAAGGAAGACAGACUACGGGAUUCAGAGAUAAAAGAUAAUAUUAAGGAAGAAAAUACAUUUGAAGAUGACAUAUUUGAAUCUGAUGAAGAGCCACUGAGCGUGGUACAAAAAAUAAAAUAUGAAAAUGUAGAGGAUGAUACCAAAGGAAAAGUUCCAGAACAUAACAGGGAGCAACCACUGCUUAAAUGUAAAGCAUGCCCAAAACUGUUCCACUCCAUCGGAGGGCGGAAGAAGCAUUACCGGACCAAGCAUCUAGGGAAAAAGUCCAAGUGUGACAUUUGUGAUAAAGAGGUGGUAUGCCUGUCAGUGCACAAGCUCCGAAUCCACAACCCAUCAGGCAUGCGGUUCACCUGCUCAGUGUGUGACCGCCGCUUUGUGUCGCAGGCUGUGUUGGACAUCCACAUGGUGUCCCAUACCAAGGACUACCAGUUCCAGUGUGAUGUUUGUCAGAAGAAGUUUAGCUGUAGAGGUUUUCUCUCAAAACAUAUGCGGCAGGUACAUAUAAAGGAAAGGAACCAUAAAUGUGAACAUUGCCCUAAGGCUUUCUUUGGCAAAGAUAAACUGCAAGAACAUAUGAGGACACACACAAAUGUGAAAGAUCAUCAAAUUUGCGAGGAGUGUGGCAUGUCAGUGGCCAACCUGAAGAUGCACGCACUCCGCCACCGGCCCAAGGAGGAGCGCCGCCUGCUGCAGUGCAAGGCGUGUCCCAAGACGUUCUACUCCAUCGGCGGCCGGAAGAAGCACUACAGGACCACGCAUCUGGGCAAGAAGUACAAGUGUGACAUUUGUCAUAAAGAAGUGGUAUCCCUCUCAGUGCACAAGCUCCGCAUACACGCCCCGGACGAGCUGCCGUACGCGUGCGUGGAGUGCGGGCGCCGCUGCGUGUCGCAGUCCGUGCUCGAGGCACACAUGCUCACACACACGAGGGACUACCGGCACGAGUGCGAAACCUGCCUCAAGAAGUUCAGCUCUAAAACAUUCCUCAUGAGGCAUCAGCGGCAAGUGCAUGAAAAAGAAAGGAGCCAUCAGUGUGAAUUUUGUUCUAAGGCUUACUUCUGCAAAAAUAAACUACAGGAACAUUUAAGGUCGCACACGAACGAGCGGCCGUUCACCUGCAACGAAUGUGGCCUCUCGUUCACAACGAAACAGGCGCUCACUAGACACAUGCUCACGCACAGCGACGUCAAGAACUACCCCUGCGAGCUGUGCAGCAUGAGCUUCAAGGUGCCCGGGUACGUCGCCAUUUCAAAUAUUAGCGUUAUUGACCAGAUUGUGUCGACUGACAGGUCUCACGUCGCACGCAACCUGUUCACUUGUAGCUUGUAG